AUGUACCACCAUUCUCGAAUGUCCGGUGCCACUGACGCCGACGGCGGCGCAGCCUACUAUCCCGUCAUGCAGACCGACCUCUGUGCCACUGACUGCGAUAUUCGGUCAACGACUACACAGAAUAUGAACUACUCUCUGGCUGUCCAUCAGUCCGCCCCAUUCUUUGAGAUGCCGGGUAAUCCUACUCCCUUGUACCCCACUGGCGAGUUUGUUUACCGGCGGCCGUCAUCGGGCCAAGGAGAAUUCGCAGUAAUUCCUUACUUUGAAAACUCAUGCUAUCUAUCAACAGACGAGACGGAAUGCGACGCUGGCCCAUCCGGUAGAAACAAUAGCCCGUACCCUCAUUUAACCGAGUGUGCACCUCAUCAUUCCGUGCAUACUCCCGCGGAUGAGGCGAAAUACUCAACGCUUGCUUCGAGCGUUCCGUACCCCAUUGACACAUCGCGCAAAGGCGUAUUUGCGAGCCGUCAUGGCUCCGACUCUUCCUGGUCGUAUGAGUCUUCGCCUGAAUCCCCUCCGCUGGCGACGCCUCCGCAUCAGCACCCUUUGUCUGCUCAUGGGGAUACCUAUGUGAGCGACGACCUCAACUGGCAGCACGAUGCGGAUUGGGACACUCAUGUAAUGGGAAGCUGUCAACGGGUUGCACACCAUUUGCAACCGAAUGAUCACUCCAAUCGCAGUGGCUCGUAUCCAAUGUCCAACCUGAAUGUGCAUGGUGUGCAAGGUACACCGAAUAUGGAGUACAAUCAUAGCCUUGCGGGGUAUGGUGAAUAUCCCACGUCGUCAAGUCCGCAGCAUCCACCGCCGUCUGUGUAUGACUACUCGUCCUUCGAGAUGGCUUCAAUGCACUACACCUCAAUAGAAUCGCCGGCGUCAGCCAUACGCGCUCCACAGCCGCACAUGCCAGUGGGGCGCCGAACGUAUCAAGACGACCUAGAUUUGACGCAACCUCCUCAUCCUUCCUACAUUUUGUCUAUUCCUGUCGGGUCACCCCCACAGGCGCCGCUUCCUGUACCCCCACCCGUCGAAGACACGCCCAAAAAGCCCCUCACGUUGGCAUGCUUUUUCUGCCGUAAACGCAAGAUCGCAUGCGGCAGCCCGCCGCCAGGGAAGAUUGAUCGUACUUGCAAUCAAUGUGCACGUCGCAACCUCAAGUGUGUUUACCCUGAGGCCUCGCGGCGCGGGAUGCGCCCGAAGGUGUUGUACGAGAAGGACAUGCUGCAGGCAGCCGGGUUACCCGUACCGGUGUCAUGA